UUUGGAGCAGACAAAGAUGGCGGUACGGAAGAAAGACGGCGGCCCGAAUGUAAAAUAUUUCGAAGCGUCUGAUACCGUCUCGCAGUUCGACAAUGUCCGAGUUUGGCUGGGCAAGAAUUAUAAAAAGUAUAUUCAAGCAGAGCCCCCCACCAAUAAAUCUUUAUCGAGUCUGGUGGUUCAACUGCUUCAGUUUCAAGAGGAAGUGUUUGGCCGACAUGUCAGCAACCCUCCCCUUACUAAGCUACCGAUGAAGUGUUUUUUGGAUUUCAAAUCUGGAGGAGCCCUGUGUCAUAUUCUGGCCGCUGCCUACAAGUUUAAGAGUGAUCAAGGAUGGAGGAGAUUUGACUUCCAGAACCCUUCCAGAAUGGACCGCAAUGUUGAAAUGUUCAUGACUAUAGAGAAAUCUUUGGUACAGAAUAACUGUUUGUCCCGACCUGUGAUUUACCUGAGUUCAGAGAUAGAGCCCAAACUACUGGGAAAACUGAAGGACAUCAUUAAACGACACCAGGGGUCUGUGACUGAAGAUAAGCUUUCGAGCUCUCAUGUAGUGGUGCCUAUUCCUGCUAGUCUGGAGGACGAAGAGUGGGUCCGUCCUGUAAUGAAGAGAGACAAACAGAUGCUGCUACACUGGGGCUACUGGCCUGAUAGUUAUGACACAUGGAUCUCAGCCAGUGAGGUGGAGGCUGCUGUGGAGGAUCCGCCCACUGCUGAGAAGCCCAGGAAGGUUCAUGCCAAGUGGAUUCUGGACCUGGAUCAGUUUAAUGAGUGGAUGAAUGAGGAAGACUAUGAGGUGGGAGAGGGAGGACCGAGGAGGAAGAGGAUUUCAGCGAAGACUCUCACAGAUGAAGUGAGCACUCCAGAUGAAAGGAGGGAUAAAAAACCCAGCAGUGCCAAAAAGAGGAAGCGUUCCCCGUCUCCAUCUCCUACCCCUCCACCGCAGGAGAGCAAGAAGAAAAACACCAAGAAAGGGCCCACUACACCCUACACUAAGUCCAAAAGAGGACAGAGAGAGGAAGAACAGGAAGAUCUGACUAAAGAGUUAGAUGAACCCUCACCUGUGCCUGCAGUGGAGGAAGCUACACUACCUAAAACAGUGACUAAGAAGGAUUCAGAUUCUACUCCAGUGAAAGGAGGCACUAUGACUGACCUGGAUGAGCAAGAGGAUGAAUCAAUGGAGACUGUUGGAAAGGAGGAAGAAGAAGGUUCCCAGAGCGUGAAAGGAGAACCGGUGAAGGGAUCCGAUCUUCAUGAGGAUAAUGUCACUGAACAGACCCAUCAUAUCAUUAUCCCUAGCUAUGCUGCUUGGUUUGACUAUAACAGUGUCCAUGCUAUUGAGCGCAGAGCACUGCCUGAGUUUUUCAAUGGAAAGAACAAGUCGAAGACUCCUGAAAUUUAUCUGGCAUACCGUAACUUCAUGAUCGACACGUACAGACUGAACCCACAAGAGUAUUUGACCUCCACAGCUUGCCGUAGAAACCUGGCUGGAGAUGUUUGUGCCAUUAUGAGAGUCCAUGCGUUUCUGGAACAGUGGGGCUUGAUUAACUAUCAGGUGGAUUCAGAAAGUCGGCCCACUCCCAUGGGGCCUCCACCCACCUCACACUUUCACGUACUGGCAGAUACUCCAUCAAGUCUGGUACCACUACAGCCUAAAGCAUCCCAGACUUCAUCUUCUCAACAGAUGCUAUCAUUCCCUGACAAGGUGAAGGACAAACCUGCCGACCUACAGAACUUUGGUUUGAGGACAGAUGUGUACAGUAAGAAGAGUGGUCCAGUUAAAAAUAAAAAUGCUGCCAGUGCCACUCGGGAAUGGACGGACCAGGAGACGUUGCUACUGCUGGAGGGUCUAGAGAUGUAUAAAGAUGACUGGAAUAAAGUUUCGGAGCACGUGGGCAGCCGCACACAGGAUGAGUGCAUUCUCCACUUCCUGCGUCUACCGAUUGAAGACCCCUACCUGGAGGAAAGCUCCGCCUCCCUGGGCCCGCUAGCCUAUCAGCCGGUUCCGUUCAGUCAAGCGGGGAACCCUGUUAUGAGCACUGUGGCGUUCCUGGCCUCUGUGGUUGACCCACGAGUGGCUUCAGCUGCUGCUAAAUCUGCGCUUGAGGAGUUCUCUCGAAUGAAGGAGGAGGUACCAGCUGCAUUGGUGGAGGCUCAUGUGCGUCGAGUGGAGGAGGCGGCCAGAGCAAGCGGAAGGUCAGACCCUCUCUACGGCCUGGAGGGCAGCGGCAUCGCAGGAACCGGUCUUGAAGACUCUGACAAACCCGCAGAGGAUGGAAAUGAGGAGAAUAAAAGCAAUGAUGGUCAAUCCAGCCAAGAUAAGAAAGACAAUAAGGAGAGCAAAGAUGGACCCAGUGAGGAGGAAGAAAAACAAGGAGAGAACGGCAAGAAAGAGGAAGAGAGAGUGAGAGAGGGGGAAACAGACAGAGAGUCAGAGAAAACAGACUCAGAAAUGGCCGAUGGCGAGAAGGAGAAAGAACGGAAGGAGGGAUCCGAAGAGGGUCAGAGGGAUGGAGAGAGUGAGGGAGAGAAGAAGGCAAAGGUGGAGAGAGAUGUAGGAGAGGGAAACCUGUCCACUGCUGCUGCUUCGGCGCUAGCUGCUGCUGCCGUGAAAGCUAAGCACUUGGCUGCGGUGGAGGAGAGGAAGAUCAAGUCUCUGGUGGCUCUGCUGGUGGAGACCCAGAUGAAGAAACUGGAGAUCAAACUUAGACACUUUGAAGAGUUGGAGACCAUCAUGGACAGAGAGAGAGAGGCGUUGGAGUAUCAGAGACAGCAGCUUCUUGCUGAUCGUCAGUCGUUUCAUAUGGAGCAGUUGAAGUAUGCUGAGAUGAGAGCCAGACAGCAACACUUCCAGCAGAUCCAACACCAGCAUCAUAGCAACCAGCCUGGCAACCAGUCUGGCAGUACUCCAUCUGUAACCCACCAAUCUGUCACUCCAUCUGUCCCGCCCCCAACGGCAAGCCCCGCCCCUGUGCCCGCCUCUAAUGCCCACAGUGAAGCUCCUCCACCUGCCUCUCACAGUUCUCCCCCGACCAACACACAGGCUGGAGCAGCACACGAUUCCAGCACUCCACUUCCAGGGGAUUCUCUCUAUCCAAACGCCCCUGUGCCUCCACCACAGUAAACGAGACGGUGAGAUUUAAAGGGGAUCAGUGAUUCCAGAGAAGAAAUGAAAUGAGAUUGAAAGCAAAAGAUAUAGAGAUAACUGGAGCGAUAUCUUCUUUUUUUGUCACUUUCAUCAUUUUUGGAAGAAAAUGAUAUAAAUGAAUUCUUGCCAGCAUCUUGAACAUGACAUGAUUCAAAAUAAAUAGCUAAAGCUAAACACAGAUAACCUUGACUGACAAGAAAAACAAACAAAAAAAACCUUUGUUUAGACUUUUGGAAAGGUCUUAAACCCAAACCCCUGUUAAAACCCAACAAAAGCACUCCUGACCCUAAAAGUCUGCAUCCAAGUACCAGACACAAGGCUCAAUGUUUCCUUGUCUGUCCUCCAUUUUGAGUAACAUCACUUAACUUUGAGUCAAACUACAGGAUCCACGGUACCUGUGAUCUGCACUUCAGAAGCAUCUCAAUGUACAUUAGGUACUCACAUGGAAACAAACAAAAACAAAAGAAAACCCAAGAACAAAUUGCACUUUCAGAAUGUUUCCCGAACCGUACUUUUUGGAGGGAUGAAGCAUACUAAGUCAAAAUUAGUCCUGACUUAAUGGUUUCUUUUAUCAAUGUUCUUUUUAUCACUUUGUAUUUGUUUUAAUAGAAGCACUCGAUUUGGAGUAAGUUCGAAGAGAAACUUGACUUUGUAAUCGUUACUUUGUAUGUGUGUGGGUGAAUGUCGGUUUUACUUUUGGGACAAUGUGAAAGCUUUAGUGGUUUGGCCUGUUUUUUUUAUGUACAAUUCGAUUUCAGCAUGAGGGAAAAAAAGAGAUUACAAAUUAGUAGCCUUUUAAAUCUGUUUACUUUGUAUGAAGCAUCUCUGACAACAUGUACUGUAAACCUGGAAGUCAUGUCAUCAAUAAUUGAUGUUUGCAUGUUAUUUUUUGGGGGGGUUUGUGUGCACGUCAUCUGCCACAAAAUAUCACAAGUUACUCUACCUUUCUAACAGAUGAAAGUAGUUUUGUUUCAUUCACAUCUCAUUGCCAUGCUUAUGAGAAUACUUAAUAAUGGAAGUGUAUGACUAAUCGACAAUGAAAAAAUAAUGGGAAACGCAGCAGGGAAUCACAUUGGUUCCUUUCCAGGAAAACAAUACGCUGAUUAUGUGUGUCGUAUUUUUGAGUUGAAUUAAUCAUUUUCUUGAGAUCACAUUACACAUUUUAGUAUUCAGUGUUCAUGCCAGAACUGAUAUUUCGGUUCAGAAUGUGUUAUGUGUUGUGUGUGUGUGUACGGGUGUUUUAGUAUCAGGCCAAACCCACAAGAAAGUAUUUACGACAUGAAGGAAAACCGUUUUGUUUUGUUACAAGUUAGUGGCAACUACCUGAUGAUUAGAGACAAGGGAUUUUAAAGUUACGUUUGCAGAUGUGGUCCGUGUAUCUCAUAUCUUCAUAUUGUAACCGUCCUAUUUUUGUAUUUUUAUAUGUUUCUUUACACUAUUACGAAUGACGUUAUCAUAUUAUACAUGUCUGUAAUGUUUCCUUCUCUUUCUGAUUGUGGAUGUUGUCGUAUUAUUGACAUGUUCAUGUGAAAGUGUCAAGUCGUUUUAUACGAUGAAGUUUGAUUCUGUGUGUGUGUGUGUGUGUGUGUGUGUGUGUGGUGUGCAUGCACUCUAUGAUUUGCCACACAUGUCUUUUUGUAUGUAAGUUUUUUAUUUUUUUUUUAUUCUACAUUCAUUUGCCAUGUUUCCAGACUACAAAUGCUAUGAUGGAUAUCAAUUCUGUCAAUAUCAUAACCAACAAACACGUACACACUCCCGCUGUGAUCGUAUCUGAAGUUUACAUCGUCACACGUAUGUGAUUGCACAUGUAUGCAACAUGCAGUAUUACUGACAGAACAGAUUCACAUCAACCUCAGACAUUUUUUGCACGCCUCAACCAGUGUUGAAUAUCUCAUUUGAUCAAUUUGCUCAGCUCUUUGGUCUUUGUCUUUUUCAUAGUUUUUUUUUGUUACAUUUUGUUUAUACUUUUUUUAAUGGUGAAAGCUGGUAACCAUUGCAUUGAGAUGUGUGAAUGUUUGGCAACGUUCGGUUUGUCUUUUAAGGAGAUGUAGCUGGAGCUGUCUAGCACCUGUUUGACUAAGAAUGGAUUAAUUUUGGUUUCAUAAAUACUGAACGGUUGUGCACAAUAAAAGGCAUCAUCAGUGAUAA